AAUGUAAUGCAGACACACUCUCGGAGUUAGGCUUCCUGCAUCUCUCUUUACUCUCAUCCCUAACUGUGCCAAUAAAUAAUAAUAAUGUCUCCCGAUGUCAGGGCAGGUGGCAGGACUAAUUUCCAGGUUUCAAUCUGAGUGCAAGAGCUCGGCCAGGAAGGUGGGCUUCUGCACGGAGCAGGGGUGGGAAGCGCUGGCCUCUAGUUCAAAGUUCACGAAGCAUUGCUAUCCCUCCCCCCUCAGCCCCCACCCCCAAAGUGCAGUAGAAUGUGUGUGUGUGUGUGUGUGUGUAAAUGCAAGAUGGCGGACUUGCACUGAACAGGCAGAAACGAGAGCUAAAGGCAGCCUGCAAACGUUGCAAGGACUCCAUCGCAGAGGUAAGGGGAUCACGGAGCUGCAAUGCUGAGAGGGAAGAGAGUCCAGCAGGAAGGAAUGAUGGAGUUAUCAAGUGGUGAUUGGAAACAGAAAUAGUUAGAACGGGCAUGCAGAUGGUGAUGGAGUUGACCAGAGGAGAGGUGGAGGCUGGGAACUUCAGGAAAGAACACCAAGAACUAAGAACUCAAGGACUGGGGAAGCAGGGAGACUAUGGAAGAACCCCAUAUAGGAGUGAACAGCAUAAGCUACUUUAUAUGGAAGAACCCCAUAGGAGUGGACAAUCUUAACAUGAUGACCUUGUCUACAUACAAGGAACAGUACGAAAGGCAGGUGAAAUUGACACCGAAGAAUGACAUUGACACAGACUGCUGCAAAAUAAAAAUAUGAGACAUGGACUGGAUUCAUAAAACAAGUGCAGGUGACCGGUGCUGCUGCUCAUUCUUUGAACUUUCAGACCGCAAGUUGCCAUCUUGCUUAGUUGCACUAUGAAAAUGCUGCUGAGGGGCUAAAUGUAAAGAAGUGAUCAUGCAUUGACAUAGCACCAAAAGCCAUCCUAGAAAUAGACACUUCUGGAAAGCUUGAAGGGGCAAGAUUCACCACGCUGGUUGAGUUUGUUGUCUUUCCACCACAGCGGUAUGGCCAGUAAGCGGAAAUCCACAACACCUUGCAUGGUCCUGGCAAGUGAGCCAUAUCCAGAUACAGACGUGGUGUCUGAUGUUGAUGAAGAACCACCUGUGAUUACACCAGCAGGAAGUGUGUCCAGUGAGGAGGACUCCCGAGAAUUUGUGGACUUGGACAAUCAGCAAAAUAAAAAAGUUGAAGGUGGCUAUGAAUGCAAAUACUGUACAUUUCAGACUCCAGAUCUCAAUAUGUUUACUUUCCAUGUUGAUUCUGAGCACCCCAAUGUUGUAUUAAGUUCUUCCUAUGUCUGUCUUGAAUGCAAGUUUGUUACCAAAAGGUAUGAUGCUCUUUCAGAACAUAAUAUAAAAUAUCACCCUGGAGAGGAUAAUUUUAAACUCACCAUGGUAAAACGCAACAACCGGACAAUUUUUGAGCAAUCAGUAAAUGAUCUAACAUUUGAUGGAAGCUUUGUGCAAGAGGAGAAAAUUGAAGAAUUUGAGCCUUCUGAAGGCCACUUGAUGGGCAUCUCAAUUAGCAAAACCCCAAUUAUGAAAAUGAUGAAGAACAAGAAUGAAGCAAAGCGAAUAGCUGUCUUUCACAAUGCAGCAGAAGAAGGCCCCACAGAAGAGAAAGAUGCCGAAUCUGACCCAGAGUGUGAGGAAGUCUUAGAAAAGCCAGCCUCUGCAGUUUCUGACUCUACCAAGAGUCCUACGGUAUCUGCAGAAGCCAUUGCUGCAGUUGUGAACCCUACAACAGUGAUUCAGCCUGCACAAGUGCUCACUACAAUCACGUCUCCACAGAACUCCAGCUUAAUUUCUAAAGUCCUGAUCCCUAUAAAUAGCAUUCCAGCCUACAACACUGCUUUGGAUAACAAUUCGCUCUUGCUCAACACCUACAACAAAUUUCCUUACCCAACUGUGUCAGAAAUUGCACUACUAGCAACACAAGCUAAAUACACUGAGGAACAGAUAAAAAUCUGGUUCUCUGCCCAGCGGCUGAAACAUGGAGUCAGCUGGACACCAGAAGAAGUAGAAGAAGCAAGAAGGAAGCAAUUCAAUGGCACUGUGCAUACUGUCCCUCAGACAAUUACAGUCAUUCCGGCACACAUUUCGGCAGCUGGCAACAGCUUGCCUUCCAUUCUGCAAACCUGCCAAAUUGUUGGCCAGCCAGGCCUUGUUCUUACACAAGUUGCAGGCACUGGUGCACUUCCUGUGACAGCCCCAAUAGCUUUGACAGUGGCCGGAGUCCCAAAUCAAGCGCAGCUGCAGAAAGCACAGGUCCAGGCUACACAGCCAGUUACUGAAACCAAGCAGGUAGCUGCUGUUCCAGCCCCUCAACUUACCAAAUCUGAGGUAGUGGCAGCCGCGGCCAAUAUUGACACGGUUGGAGUCCGUGCAAAGAAAACGAAGGAGCAGCUGACAGAGUUAAAGAACAGCUACCUUAAAAAUCACUUUCCUCUUGAUUCGGAGAUCAUUAGACUCAUGAAAAUUACAGGCCUGACUAAAGGGGAGAUCAAAAAGUGGUUUAGUGAUACCAGAUAUAACCAAAGGAACUCAAAGCACAACCAUUACAAUCAUCUCGGCAACGAUUCCUGCACUAUCAUCAUUGACUCAAGUGAUGAAACGAACGAGCCUUCCCCACAGGUCCAGCCACAGCAAAAACAGUCAUGGAGUACCUCUGAUGAUAGUCCUCAGAAAUGCAAAGAGAAGACUGCUGAAGAGCUGCAAGUCCUCCAAGAUAGCUUCCAAAACAAUCCCACCCUUACAGAUGAUGAACUGAACAGGAUACGGUCAGAAACAAAGCUGACCCGGCGAGAGAUUGAUGCUUGGUUUGCGGAGCAAAAGAGAGCCGAUGUUCUCCCCGAUGAAAGCGAGGAAUUGACUGAAAGUAACGCAGGUUGCUUGAAGGAGGCAUCAGCUGUAGACACAUCUGGGGGAGAAAGCGCUGGAGCAUCUAAGAUGAAGUUGUCUAAAAAGUCACCGGAACAGUUGCAUAUGCUCAAAAUGUCAUUUGUCCGGACUCAGUGGCCAUCCUCAGAGGAAUAUGACAAGUUGGCAGAGGAAACGGGUCUUCCUCGACCAGAGAUUGUUAGUUGGUUUGGAGAUACUCGCUAUGCCUGGAAAAAUGGAAGCUUGAAGUGGUAUUACUACUAUCAAGGGGCCAAUGCAAAUAGUGUGAAUGGUCAAGGCUAUUCCAGGAGAAGGGGGAGAGGAAGGCCAAAGGGGAGAGGAAGAGGAAGGCCUCGUGGGCGACCGAGGGCCAACAAAAGGAUCAAACACUGGGACAGAACGCCAGUCAUCAAAUUUAAAACUGGAAAAGCCAUCCUAAAGGAUUAUUACCUGAAACACAAAUUUCUUAAUGAGCAGGACCUUGACGAACUGGUGGCCAAAUCGCACAUGGGGUAUGAGCAGGUCAGGGAGUGGUUUGGCGACAGGCAGCGAAGAGCUGAGCAGGGCCUUCAGUUGUUUGAAGAGGAGGAUGAGGAAGAGGAGCUGCCAGAUGACCAUGAUGACGACGAUGACGAAGUGGAGGAGGAGGAGGAGGAGGAAGAAACAGAUGACAGUGACAAUUGGGAACCUCCUCGACAUGUUAGGCGUAAACUUUCAAAAUCAGACUGAUGUGUAAGUGUCGGGGAUUGGGGAAUGUAACCUUACCAUGCGGUGCCAAUGACUGGUGCUGGCCCUCUAGUUCGAGGGACUACCUUGCUUAGCAUUUGAGCCAUCUGGAAGGGAGAAGUGAAUUGCCAACUCAUGCUGUAACCCCCCCCCCCGACACACACUUUGGAAUGACAAAGCCUCCCCAAAUUGGGCACUGCUUCCCAUCUUUACUGAUGGGGCACACCAUUUAAGGGAUGCUAAUUGCCUUAUGUUUGAUUCCAAAAAUCCUUUUAAGAACGGAGAUACGUUUAAAAAAAAUGUUUUCCAGUUCCUGCAAGAGGAAAACAACUGCAAAAUGAAAAACAAACAUGUGCUUACAGUAUUGAUUUUGUGAAACUGCAUGCCAGUUUUCUUCCCUGCAAGCAUAAGCAAAAAUUUACAGAGAAGCGGAGAUGGAUUGGGGUAAAGGAUACCAAAGGAGAGAAGCAGUAGGGGGGUGGUAAUUGCUUGAGGUUUUGUAUGGGGACGGGUGCGUGUAGGGCAAUAGAAAAAGGAAUAUCUUUGUUAUAUAUGGAGCCUGUGUGCUAGGUUUACACAAGUCAUAUUGAAUGUGUCUCUCUAGCUGUGUUCAGGGAGUGUGGGUCUGAAAUACGUUUUUAUAUUAAAAUCAGUGUAUAUCGUAUUUAACUACUAGACACAGUUAUUGAAGCCAAUACCAAAACUUGUCUUUGAUUACACAGUUCUUUUGGAAAACAUUAAUGGGUUGCUUCUGUACAAAAAGCACCCUCCCCAAUCUUGUAUAGUAUGCCUCAUUCAUGAAAGGAACAAAACGAAAGGACCAUAUGGUCUACUUUGUUUAAAAGUGUAAUGGCCAAACCCUUCAUCCUGUGGGGAUCAGUUACUCCCUGAUCAUGGCUACUCCUGUUCUUUAGCCAGGGAGACUCACAGACUGCUGAACUUGGCUGAUCCUUGUAACCCUCCUUGGGAGAGAUGCCUGCCAGAUUGAAAGAGGGUCUUUGCAUCUUACUAAAAAGUAGGGAUGUCGUGCAAAAGCAGGCUGCAUGUCAUAGCUGCUUAUCUGGCCAUUUCCUCUCAUUUCCUGAAAGGAGAGUACCUGCCAGCUAUCAGAUGUUGUCUUACGCUUUCUGAACAAGCCCAAGAAGAGACAGAAGGUGCAGAAUUGAACAGGGUUUUAGGCUUUCACUUGUUCAUCUCUGUUUAGGAACAACAGUUCUCAGAUGUUUUCAUUGCAAGACUCUGUAUCAAGGAACCUGUGGUUUGAAGCUUCAUGGAAUGCAUGUAAUGUAAGACCAGACAAGCAGCUCAGGUUGCUUCACUUGCUCUGAGCCUGUAAUCUUUUGAAGAGUGAAAUCAAGCUGAUGCAAGCUUGGUUGGAAGUGAGAGCGCUUUAUCCCUGGGUGGUGCUUUAAGUAAAACAAUGCCAAAAGACCACAACAUUUAAGUGGUUGUUUCUCCAAAUGACCUUCACUGUGGGGGAAAAUGCACUGCAGAUUGAACAUCAGGAAUGAUACCAAGCCCAUGGGCCAAACUGGGCUCACCUGGGCUCUGAAUCCCCAGGUUCUCCCCAUGGUCAUGGCCCUUCCCCUGGCUGCACCCACUUUCCCCAGUCACUAUAUGUUUGGUGGUUUCCCAGCUCUUGUCCCAUUUCCCUCCAUUCUUAAAGGUUGAAAUGCCUCUCCUAAGGUGUAGCUAUUGAUGGUAAAAAUUUGUCACUGCAUUAUUUAUAUAUAUAUUUCUUGCCCCCUUGGUCUUUGGCUCUGCUCACCCACUUCUGGAACAUGGCCUCCAAGAACUUCUGCAAAAUGGAAUUCGGCCAUCAGGCUAAAAGAGCUCCAUUCUCAUUCUGCACGCUGCUCCAUAUACAGACUGGAGGUUAGUGGCCUGAUCCAGGCUCUCUGAAGAUGGGAAGAGUUAGCCAAGAACUCACAGUGCCCUGGAUCUGAAACAGCAUUAAAAGCUAGAGAUAAAAAUGGAGCUACCAAUUUAGAUAGGAAUAUUUUAGAUUAUUUUUAAAGCAUGAUUUGGACAGUAAUUUAAGACUCAAGCCUUUGGAAGUUUAGACAGAAAAAGGCAUUUUUUCUGCCUGAACUUGCAUUGGAUGUGCCUUUAAAUGUAUGAAUUAAACAAGAUAAAGAACAGUCAUAUUUCCUGCCAUUCCAGCUUUGGGUGUUGCUAAAUAAUUUGUGCAGUUCUCAGUUACUUCUCUUGUCAUUUGCAGUAAUAGCCUAAGCAAGUGAAUUUAUGCAGCCAGAUUGAUGAGUCUUCACAAAAAUAUAUUCAUGGACUUGAUUACUUCUGCAACCCUUUCUCUUUUUACAGUUCUUAACAUUAUUUGGCUUUGUUUCCCAAAGUGCUUUAAUCUUUUGUGGAUAAUUCUUUCUUUGUUGUUCAGUCAUAGUACACAAAAUCUGCAUUUUCCCUUAUAUUUAAAGAAUCAACUUAAAAGUCAGUGUAGAGGAACUUUUGUUUUAAUUCGUUAAAAUUAAAGGAGCAAGAUAUCAAGUGUGCAUGGAAGUCCUGCCUCCUGGUCUGGUGCUGAUGCAGUCUUGGCUUCCAGGAAACCAUGGUUUCCAGCCUUGAAAGCCAGCCUAUUUGUUUCCUCCUCCCUUCCACCAUGGCUGUUAAUCAUAGUUGAGCAUCACCUGUGCGUCAACUAUAAUUAUAACGCUUAACUCGUUAAGAAACUCGUAUAUCUACCUUGCAAACUUCCUCGUAUUUAGAUUUCAGAUCCUGCUAUUAUCCAAGGACAAUUAUUUUGUGUUUGUGCACCAGAAAUGCCAGCUAAACUGUAAUCCAUGACUCAGGUUUACGGGUCAGGUGUACGCCUGGAUUCAUCCCUGAAACUAGGUGCACACGUUUUAGGUGGUGCUUCGCAGUGCAUUUGUCCAGUUGAGGCUAAUAUUCCAACUACGACUGUUCCUGGAAAUGCCUGAUCUGGCCAUGGCAAUGCAUGUCUUAGCUGUACCCCUUCGGGAACAUUGUAAUGUGCUCUAUGUGGGGCUGCCUUUGCAAGGUAUUCAGAAACUCCAGGAAGCUGCGGCCAGACUGUUGAUCAGGGCUGGUUGCAUGGCACAUCCGCCUCCCUUAUUAGGCGUACAGCAGUUUCACUGCUACUUGUCUGUUUCUGGGCAUGUGCAGGUUGUGACAUAUAAAACCCUAUGCAAUUUGGAGCAUCUUCCAUACGAGUCUGCUGGAUUUUAAGGUCUUUGUGCCAGGCCUUUUUCUUGACUGCUCCACCACUGGAGGACUGUUUGGUAGGGACUCUAGACAGGGCUUCUUCAUGGUGGCUCCCAGCUCUGGAACUCUCUGCUAAGGAUUGCUAGGUUGGUUCCCUUUUUUGUUGCCUUCCUCCACGCAGGUGGAUACUUUUUUUUUAAAUUCAGGCAUGCAAGCUGGUUUGUUGCCGAUAGAUGUUUCAACUGUCUGGGUGCCAUUAUUUCUUCUUAUUCUAUUGUGUAUUAUUUAUUAUUAUAUGCCAUCCGACUUAUGGCACCCCUAUGAAUGAAAGCUAUGUAAAAUGCCCUGUCCUUGGCAGCCCUUCUCAAUUAUUUCUUUUUACAGGCGCCUUCACAAUUGUGUUUACAUCAAGCUUCUAUUUGCACCUUCUUUUAGUUUAUUUUAGCUGCCCUCCAUGCCAUUCUUGUCAUUUAAAUUAUAAAUUUAAUUCAUGUCAAUAAGGAAAGCGAGGAGGGCCUUUGCUCCAGAGAGUGUGCAUUUGCCCAGUUUGGCUCCUGAGAGGCCAGCCAUGGUUGAAAAGGAGGCAGGGCUGCAGCACCACCAGCCUCUGGCAUACAAGCUGCUUCUGGUGCACACCCAAAGACUCUUCUUCCUUGCGUCUGUUCGGGCUUGAAGGAUGCUCACUUAAUUAUUGCUUGCAAACGGGAGCCAUUCCUCUUUUCUUCUUAACGUGCCAAUGUCCUCAAAAAGCUAUUCCCUGCCAUCCCACAAGUCUUUUGUAUGUAUUUCUUUGGAACUGGUUUGGUCCUGGGCCAAUGUGAAAUGAUGCCUCUUGCAGUGGAGCUUCCAUAACAGAAUGUCCUUUGUGAAAAGGACAUUGGGGAAUCACACUGACAUGGUGGCUUUGCCUUCCCCAACCUAGUGCCUUCAGAUGCCUUGGACUGCAACA